GUGGAACGAACGCUCACGAUUUUCGGUGCUUGUUUUUGGGUGUAACUCAAGCAAUACGCGAUGCCCGUCUGACGACAGCAGCCGACGUAUAACAGGAAAAUUAAACAACAUCACCCUUGCUCCCGGUAGUCCUGUUCAUCCCGGUCCCGUCAGUUGGCUCCUUUGGCGUCGCCGGUGUAACAUAACCCCCAAGCACGAUGUACCAACACUAUUCGCCGGACAGCAGUAACGUCAGCCUGUUGGCAACGAUGGCACAAGCAAUGCGACACCUUAAUGCCACACUCACGACAGUGGGUAACGGUAGCGGUGGUAGUGCACUACACCACUCACCGAUCGCCACCCUCGUUGGAUUGCCAGCGCUACUUGACCAGGUGCCCUUUCGCAACGACAGCACGGGCGGUGGCUUCAUUAACCCGCAGGACGACACCGACGACGACGGUACGCCUACGAUCUCGAUGGACAAUCUAUACCCAGCGCUCAUACAGUGUUUUGCCAUCAUCAUUUGUGGAUAUCUCGCGGGACGUUUGAAUAUCAUCAGCAACUUUGAAGCGAAAGGUCUCAACACGUUCGUUGGGACGUUCGCGCUUCCAUCGGUCAUUUUCCUCUCCUUGGCUGAACUGAACUGGAGUACGGUCAACUGGAACUUUUUGCUCUCGAUACUGAUCGCAAAGACGAUCGUGUUUCUGUCGGUGGCGAUCAUUUCGCUACUGGUAGCACGACCCGUCAACUAUGGCCGGGCAGGACUGUUGGCGAUCUUCUGCACCCAGAGCAAUGAUUUUGCCAUCGGAUAUCCAAUUGUGUCGGCGCUGUACUCAAAAAUUCAUCCCGAGUAUGCGUCAUACAUCUACCUCCUGGCUCCAAUCUCGCUCGCCAUCCUCAACCCCAUCGGGUACGUACUGAUGGAGAUCUCCAAAAUCAAGGACAAAAAUGCAGAAAAUAGUACGUCAACGAACGCAGAGACGAAUCCUGCCCCGCCAACAACGUGCCCCGAAUUAGCCGCCCAAAAUCGACGAAAAAUUCUCAAAGGAAAAGCGCUCGUCGUGAUCAAGACGGUCGAAUCGAUUUUCUUCAACCCGAUCCUGCUCAUGACACUGCUGGGUGUGAUCGGUGGUCAAAUAUUUCCCAACGGUUUGCCGGUUUACCUGUCGAGCGUUUUGCGCUCGCUGGGUAACUCUUUCUCAGCCACCGCGCUAUUUCUGCUGGGAUUGCGCAUGGUCGGUAAGGCUUCGACGCUCCAGGGUCCGGGAUUGAUCCUGCCCGGGAUACUGAUCCUCGUGAAGCUGCUCGUGUUUCCGCUCAUUACACGCCAAACGGUAAACAUCAUGAAUGCCGGGGCCAACUUUAGCGAAACGACGGACCUCAGUACGUUCGGGUUCCUGUACGGUACAUUUCCCGCUGCACCGGGCGUCUUCGUGAUUGCUUCACAGUACAAUCGCGAUGUGGAUUUGAUCGCAAGCAGCAUGGUUGCAUCAACAUUUAUCAGUGCACCGCUGAUGUUCAUCUCAGCUAAAAUGAUCACGAUCACCAAUCUCACGCCGGCCGACUAUCUCAAUGAGCUGGACAAGUUUUCGUUCGAUAUCAGCAUCGUGGCUAUCAUUGCCGGUGUAUGGACGUUGCUGCUGUUCGCGCUUACCCGCAAGGUAAAACGGAUGCCACAUCGCAUCACGUGCUGCUUGCUCGUGUCGCAGCUCAUCUGCAACGUGGGCGUCAUACUGUGGUCAACGCUGGAACAAAACAGCCGCUGGAAGAUGUAUCUACAGUUUUACUUCUUCACCAUCGGCUGUUACAGCAGUCGGCUGUGGACGGCUUUCCUUGCGAUUACGAUACUGUUCCUCCAGUGUCGAAGCCUUUGCUUUGUGCUGAAACUGUGGCCAGUCUUUAUUGCCGCCGCUUGGGGUCUACCGACCAUAAUAGUGUCGUUGCUUCUCUUUUUGGACACCAAAAAUAUUCUUCCGACGGAAAAGCGGAAUCCAAGCUUUCAGUAUGGCAAUGCCCAGGCAGCCAUUGCCGUGUUUCUGUUGGUAAUGUGCUUCAUAGUGACGGUAGGCUGUUUGAUAUUGCAUCAGCGUUUUAAGAAACGGCACGAACGAUACCUGACGCUGUCCCGGGAAGUGUCGUCACCAGACACAGACACUAGCCCCGUGACGACUAGCUCCGUGGUGAAUCUGCUGACGGGUGUUGGAAAUUCUACCAUCCACCAGCGAAGACGCCAUUCGGUGACGUCGAGUGACGAUGAAAUCCUCCCGGCGGCAGCCACCAGAUGUGAGACGGCGCCAGUUGGAAGCGGUGGAUGCAGCGAUGGGAAAGGUGGAGCCUGUUGCAGUAGUUCGUCCGGUACGAUUCGCACCGUGGUGGACAUCGAAGAUCUCGCAAUCGGCGCCAGUAUUAACAACGAUGUAAAUGAUCCCGGUUCGCCAACGCUCGAAUCGAAUGGAAUGUGUUCGGCACAGUUUAACUGUCCGGCGGCUGGUAAGCAGCAGUGCCAAUCGUUGAUCGAUCGCUACCGGGAACAGGCCAGCGAUGGUUUGGAACCAGUCGAGUACGAUAAGACCGGUGAUCAGCAACAGAUACUACGGCACAUGGUGCUACUGAUCCUGCUACUGUGCUCAAUGUUUGUCGGUCUGUCGCUGUCCGUGUGGACGCUCAUAAUGGAGGGUAUGUCCGGCAUUUACGUCGAGCUAACGUUUCUCGAUGCGUUCCUAAACUUCGGGCAGAGUAUUAUCGUGCUAGCUGUGUUUAUAACCGACACCGGGGAAUUGCUGUUGCCGAUGAUGAAGUUCUGGCGCAAGGUUUGGUACGGAGCGAAUCUGCUACAGUUACCGAUCUGGGCCGAACUUAGCACGGAAACACGGCACAUUUGCGACCAGUUCACAACGCACCAUUUGGAAAUCUGUCGGAAAGCGAUUGCCAAGGACAUACGCUGGCGCAUCAAAGUAUAUCGACGAGUAUUCUAUGGUAGUGUUUUUGUCGAUUGGCUGUUGGAGGUGGGUCUGGCUAAGGAUCGAACGGAUGCAACACACUAUGCUCGCCGACUGAUUGAUGGACGCGUCCUGCGGCACAUCAAUAACGUGUAUCACUUUCACGAUCGUAAUCUGCUCUACACGUUCUGUGAACGGUUGUAAAUUGCGGAAUUGACUAUGAAAGACAGUGUCAGGGAAUGAAGAAAAAAAAACCCAACACAACCCAUUACAACAUAUUCCACACUGCGCAGCCAAUGUCGCUGGAUGGGAGUGAUAGGGAGGGAACAAAAGAAUGGGAAGUAUUAGCUAUCUUGCGAUGGACAAGAUUUCCUCUUUCCCAUCCGAUGCGAUAACAGGAAGGAAUGCGUUGUAUGGUGUUGUUGAUUUUUUUUUUGCUCAAAAGCGAUAAGCUAUCACCAAGGGGUUGGAGAUAGUUUUGCCAAAUAAUACCCCCCACGAAGGGUGGUUUUUAUAUGUGAGAGCUUUUAUUUUGUUUUAUUGUAUAGUUUUGUUUUGUUAAUACCUGUUAAGUUUAUGGCGUUUGCAAUUUUGUUCCGUACAACAAGUGAUGGAGUGAUGGACAGGUUGAUACAGCCACACAGUGUGAUAAAAUGGGAAACUCCCUCAAGCUCAAGCAAAGCACAAAGCGUAGGCAUGUUUGAUUUGCUUGGGAGAAAAGUGAGAACAGGGUGCAGCUAUUUCACUAAGCACUGUAGUACACGUAACAGUGUAAGUUCACACGCUUUCAUGCGGUAGGAAGAAGCUUUUUAGAACAGAGCGAAACAGUUGUUUAGCUAGCAAACUAUAGUUUAUUGCAUCGCAACGAAACACCAAAAACUAUUAAAGAUGCACAAUAAAAUUUGUGCUGGGCUUUCUACUAGAGAAACUGUACAUGUGCUACAACAGAACAGAAAAGUAUUGCAAAUGGUGGUAACAAUAUAAGAGAAGCCUGUUUGCAAUAAACAGAGCUCACGAUCAGGCUAAUACUGUUCGCGUUCUUAACAAAACAAACGCGCAAGCGAAACUAUUGUGUAAUAUAUUUAAUAUUUAGCAACAAAUGAAAUAUUUAUUGUGUAAAAAUAAAAUUAUU